AUGGAACCCUGGAAUAAAAGUAGUGUCUCUGAGUUCAUCCUUGUUGGGUUUCCAACUCUGUACAGAUAUGGUCCAUUGCUCUUUGUGUGUCUUCUUAUCAUUUACCUUCUUACUAUUGCCGGAAAUGUGAUUAUAUUCUCCAUUGUACGGCUGGACUCACAGCUCCAUACCCCAAUGUACUUCUUUGUUAGCAUAUUGUCGUUCCUGGAGAUCUGGUACACUGCAGUUACAAUACCAAAGAUGUUGAUCAAUCUUCUAAGUCCAAGGAAAAGCAUAUCUUUUAAUAGUUGCCUCUUACAGACUUAUUUUUUCCAUUCUCUUGGAGCCAGCGAGUGCUAUCUUCUUACCACCAUGGCCUACGAUAGAUACUUAGCUAUUUGCCAACCACUGCAUUAUACUUCUAUCAUGACCCCUAAGUUGAUUAUAAAGUUAGUAGCCCUCUGUUUCACUCUUGGGUUUUUAUGUCCAAUCACUGAAGUGAUUCUAAUAUCUAAGCUUCCUUUUUGCGGGAGCAAUGAAAUUCAGCAUAUUUUCUGUGACUUCCCACCGCUGCUCAGUUUGGCAUGUACAGACACCUCCAUUAACGUCCUGACUGACUUCAUAAUCAAUAGUUUUAUUAUCCUGGUGACGUUCUUCUUCAUAAUGAUUUCAUAUAUUAGGAUCAUUUUAGCGAUCCUCAAGAUUAAGACAUCAGUUGGGCGAAUAAAGGCUUUCUCCACCUGUGUAUCUCAUCUGACCGUAGUGUUGUUGUUUUUUACUUGUAUUGUGUUUAUGUACGUGCGACUUACCACAAGUUACUCUUUGUACUAUGAUCGUGUGUUUGCAGUCAUUUACUCUGUGCUAACCCCUAUCUUCAACCCUAUUAUAUACAGUCUGCGGAAUAAAGAGAUCAGAGUGGCUUUUACACGUAAACUGAGGCAGACUGGGUUGGAGAUUUUUGAGACGCCUUGUUGUGGGGAGUGA